AUGCUUGAGCCCAGGAUCCCAAUCAGAGCACCUAAUGGAUCAACAACUGUUACAGUAACAGUUGCUGUAGUAGUAGUCGUUGUUGGUGUUGUUGUUGUCGUAGUAGAAGUGGUAGUGGUAGUUGUAGAUGUUGUUGUAGUUGUAGAAGUGGUAGUUGUAGAUGUUGUUGUAGUUGUAGAAGUGGUAGUUGUAGAUGUUGUAGUGGUGGUAGAAGUAGUAGUUGUAGAUGUUGUUGAAGUUGUAGAUGUUGUUGAAGUUGUAGAUGUUGUUGUAGAUGUUGUUGUAGUGGUAGUAGUUGUAGAUGUUUUUGUAGUAGAAGGAGAAAGAAGGCCUCCAAUUAGUUCAAAAAUAUUUGGUGGUUUAGCUGUUGAUGCAGUUGUAGCUGGAGCGGUGGUUGUGGUUGGAAUUGAAGUUGAUGCUGGAUUUAAAAAUGGGAAAAAAAUCCCAACUAGUGUGUCCAGGGGAGAUGGAGGCUUAGUUGUCGUAGUUGGAGGAACUGUAGUGGUUGUUCCAAACAAUAUUCCUCCAAUGUUUUCUAAAAUGUUAGUUGUUGUUGUUGUUGGUGCAGCAGUUGUUGUCGGUGCAGCGGUUGUUGUUACUGGUCGGAACAACCAGUGA